AUGCCCGGCGGGACAGGGCCUCGCGCCCAGCGAGCCGGCGGCCACUCCCGGGAGGUCCCAGAGGUCCAGGCGCCCGCGCUGACGCCCAGCAGGUGGCGCCCGGUGCCCGCAGCUCCGGGCAGGGGCUGGUGCUCCACGUGGGGGCCCGGCCACUUCUCCACCUUCGAUGGCCACGCAUACGACUUCUCCGGGACCUGCAACUACGUCUUCGCCGCCGUCUGCAAGGACGCCUCGUCCGCCUUCAGCGUCCAGCUGCGGCGCGGGCCCGACGGGGCCAUCUCCCGGGUCAUCGUGGAGCUGGGGGCCUCCGUCGUCACCGUGCAGGACGGCGUCGUCUCCGUCAAGGAUGUGGGGGCGGUGGCUCUGCCCUACACCAGCAACGGGCUCCAGAUCACCCCCUUCGGCCAGAGUGUGCGGCUGGUGGCCAAGCAGCUGGCACUGGAGCUGGAACUCAUGUGGGGCCCUGGCGCCCACCUCAUGGUGAGGACAUCAGGGCUGGGCGGCGCCGCGGGGGUCAGAGCCCUCGGCCGGUGCCCGGCCAACCAGGUGUACCGGGAGUGCGGGGAGCCCUGCGCCAGGACCUGCUCCAACCCGCAGCACAGCUGCUCCGGCUUCUGCACCUUCGGCUGCUUCUGCCCCGAGGGGACGGUGCUGGACGACAUCUCAGGGAACGGCAGCUGUGUGGCGGUCAGCCGGUGCCCCUGCCUGCGCGGCGGGGUGGCCUACGCCCCCGGGGAGGUCACCUCGGCGGCCUGCCGGACCUGCCGGUGCGCCGCGGGCCGCUGGGACUGCACGGAGCGGCCCUGCCCUGGGCGCUGCUCGCUGGAGGGGGGGUCCUUCGUCACCACAUUCGACGCCAGGCCCUACCGCUUCCACGGGACCUGCUCCUACGUCCUCCUCCAGAGCCCCCUGCUCCCUGACGGGGGCUCCCUCACCGCCGUGUUCAGCAAGUCGGGGUACUCGCACUCCGAGACCUCCCUCUCUGCGGUCAUCUACACGUCUGGCCAGGACAAAAUCGCAAUUUCUCAGGAUGACGUGGUCACCAACAACGGAGAGGCCAAGUGGCUGCCAUACCUGACCCGCAACGUCACCGUCUUCAGGCAGACGUCCACCCACCUCCAGAUGGCCACCACCUUCGGGCUGGAGCUGCUGGUGCAGCUGCGGCCCGUGUUCCAGGCCUACGUGACCGUUGGGCCCCGGUUCAGAGGCCAGACCAGAGUGCCCACCAGGUGCGAGCCGGGCUGCGUCUGUGCCGAGGGCCUGUACGAGGACGCCAGCGGGCAGUGUGUGCCCCCCGAGGACUGCCCCUGCGAGUUUGCAGGCACCUCCUACCCCCGCGGGGCCCAGCUGCACGCAGACUGCAAGAUCUGCACCUGCGCCCAGGGGAGCUGGACCUGCCACGAGCGCGCGCCCUGCUCGUCCACCUGUGCACUGUACGGGGAGGGCCACGUGGUCACCUUUGAUGGCCAGCGCUUCGUCUUUGAAGGCAGCUGCGAAUACGUCUUGGCCACGGAUGGCUGCGGGCCCGACGAUGCCCGGCCCAGCUUCAAGAUCCUGACAGAGAACGUGGUCUGCGGGAAGUCGGGCGUCACCUGCUCUAGGGCCAUCAGGGUGCUCCUGGGGGGCGUGUCCGUGGUGCUGGCAGACAGGAACUACACGGUCAGCGGCGAGGACCCGCUCGUGCGGCUGAGCGUGAAGGCCGGCUCCCUACACCUGGUGCUGGACGCCACCGUGGGCCACAGGUACAACCUGAGCAUCGUCUGGAACAAGCACAUGACGGUCCUCAUCAAGGUGGCCCGGGCCUCGCAGGACGCCCUCUGCGGCCUCUGCGGCAACGCCAACGGGAACAUGAAGGACGACUUCGAGACGCGCAGCCGGUACGUGGCGGCCAGCGAGCUGGAGUUCGUGAACUCCUGGAAGGAGAGCCCGCUGUGCGGGGACGCCCGCCUGGCGCUGGACCCCUGCAGCCUCAACGCCUUCCGCCGGGCCUGGGCCGAGCGCAAGUGCGGCAUCAUCAACAGCCAGACCUUCGCGGCCUGCCACGGCCAGGAUGGCACCACAGGCACGGUGCCGCGGGACGGACACACCAGGAGGGCCUGGGCGCUGGGCGGGGACACCCGGGCCACAAGAACCCAGGGAGAUGACACCCAGCAUGUCCACACAGUCACCCACAGCACACCUGGGACCUCAGACGUCACAGUCAGUCAGAACACACCCCACACAGCACUGACCCGAACCACCACUCAGCACCCCAACACUGUCUGGCCAUCCUACCCAGACUGGGGCCAGGCCACCAGCACCCCAGAACCCACCACUCAAAAAAUCACAGGACAGACCACAACGAUGUCCACCUCGGCCUCGGGGCCCCCGGGAUCUGUGUCCACUGCCCCCCGCACCACAGGCCCCCCCUCUGGAACCACCUUCAGGACCAGCAGCACCCCGCCUGCCCAGUCGGCCCCCAGGACCUCGCUGCCCACGCGGGUGCCCCCAUUUUCCACGAGUGCGGUGACCCCG